UAAACAGCCCGUUUACUUUUGGUUGAAACCAAAAAUCGAAGCAUGUUUCAUCCUAUCUCGACAGACCUUCCUCUCAAUUCAAGCUUAUGCUCAAGUAGCUUUCAGUGGAGUUCGGGCGAGUGGAGCUCGGUAGAGAUAGCUACUCAUGGACCGUUGCUUUUGCGAAAGAGAGUUUAGAGGGGAGGUAGGCCUUAAGCAGAGCCUCCUCAAACAUCGACAUUCAAAAUUUCUGCCGAGCCUUGCUGUCCUUAAUUGGACCUUGUGUCUCCUUAUGGCCGGAAUAACAUGCCUGUCACUGUCAGGGGCAGUGGGGAAGGCUGCGGGUUACCCCUUUAGGCAGUCCCACCCAGCUCAAACGCCCCAUGCGAGGCUCAAGAGCCUGAGAAACAACCUCUGCGCUGCUACGCGACUUGGCAUUUGUUUCAAUAACCUCAAUUCUGGCCUGACUAUUAUCGAAUCCCACGCCUCCACUUGGGCUUGGCAGUGGGUCAAACAGCGUUCUAUUGCGGGAAUAACUGCUCUCAAAUGCGGUCUUCGGCACCACAUCCCUGCGGUGUAUCAGAUCGACCGCUGCGAGUAUCUUUCAACCGUGAUGUGCCAUCUGAUGAUCUGCAUUCUAACGACUGGCAUGAGAUGAGAGCCUUGGCAAACGUUUCUCGAUUGUUUUCAGUGUGUGGACAUCCCUAGAAAGUGGUCUGCUUUAAGGGAAAUGAUGCUGACGACUCCGCCGUUUAUGCAACAAGUGUUGUAGGACAGCAAAUUUUUCGGUGUUGGAAUAUGGCCCCGUUGCUGGGCAGCUUC